CAAUUUCAAUCAUACUAUAUACUGUCGAAAACUGGGCAGUUGUAUGCCACUUAUUGAAUAAUGUAAUCGUCCGUUUUUUGAAUAGAAUGCAAUCGUUGUCAAGGCAAACUGGAAGCUUGAACUGUGUCCGAUUUUCUCUUUAUACUGAUGAGGAAAUCAGGAAACUAAGCGUAAAAUGUAUCAGAAACCCUCAAACAUUCGAUCACUUCGGCAACCCUACUUAUGGAGGUCUUUAUGAUCCAGCACUAGGUCCUGCAGAUCGCGAUGAUGUGUGUACUACCUGUGGUCAGGGCAGCAUGUACUGUCCAGGACAUUUUGGUCACAUCGAGUUGAAACUACCGGUUUACCAUCCGUUAUUUAUGAAAUUAUUGGUCACAAUAUUGAGAUCAACGUGUUUUCAAUGUCACAAAGUGGAUGUGGAGAAAGCAGCUAUAUGUUUGCUUCAAUGUCAAAUGAAAGCCCUAGAUUAUGGAUUGCUGGCAGUUGCGUCAGAUCUCGAAACCAUUGCACAUUCAGCAAAAUUUGAUGCGCAUGGUAGCAACAUCAAACGUGAAGAUGUUGUCAUGGCUGCCGUUCAAGAUUAUUUGAAGGAAAGCAUGAAGAAUGUGGAGAACAAGAAACAGUCAAGGAAAACAAAUAACGCCAAGAAUGUAACUGAACUUCGUAACAGGAUUAUCAAAAAUUUCAUGAAGAAACACUUAUUAUUCAGGGCAAAGAAAUGCCAACACUGUGAUGCACCGCGGAGGAGUGUCAGAAUUGAAUACAAUUCCAAAAUAUACUUGAAAGGUUUAAGCUCUAAACAGGCCAUUAGCUGGGAAAACGUGUCAAGGCUUUCAAAAUCAAAUGCAAAUAAGUCGUCUGCGGCAGCAACGGCCAACUCGUCAUUUUUAUGUGAUGAUGACUUUGGUGAUGAAGAUUUUGACAACAAAGAAAAUAUUCUGGAAGAAAAACCAUCCGUUUUUGCCAAUCCACCGACGAUUUCCGAGUCUGUCAACGAAGACACGGAUGAUACUGUAAUCAGUGCCCAGCAAGUUCACAUCACUCCACUUGAAGUGCAGAAACAUUUACAUCAAGUUUGGCAAAACGACGAGGCUUUAUUAAAUGUAUUACUUGGUUCAUAUUCAACUCCAACUGCUACAAAACGAAAAUCAUCUCCCCAAAUGUUCUUACUCAACGUAAUUCCCGUGCCUCCUGCAAGAUUUAGACCGUUAUCAGUUAUGGGAGACAAGAAAUUUGACAAUCCUCAGACGGUGAAUCUGAACAAAAUUCUGGACGACUGUCAAGUUUUACAGAUGUGUUUUGAUCAAAUGAAAGAAGUGCCAAACAGCGAAACGGUAAUAAACGGUGCUCCAAUUCCAGCAAAUUCGACCAAUGCAUUGGCAAAAUAUGAUCGAAUCCCAGGUGCAAGUCCCAAAGAAAAAUUACAAAAUACGUGGGUCCGACUUCAGAAUGAUGUGAACAGCUUCAUGGAUAGUGAUUUAGAUAAGUUGAACACGACCAAAACCUCAGGAAUAAAGCAGUUACUCGAGAAAAAGGAAGGUCUGUUUCGUAAACACAUGAUGGGAAAACGAGUAAAUUAUGCUGCUCGUUCGGUUAUAUCUCCUGAUCCGUACAUAAAUACUGAUCAAAUUGGUAUUCCAGAGGUAUUCGCUAAGAAACUCACCUAUCCUCAGCCAGUAACUCCGUGGAAUGUCAAAGAACUACGACAGGCAGUCAUAAAUGGACCAAAUAUUCAUCCUGGCGCUAACGUAAUUGAAAACGAAGAUGGUAAAAAGACUCUAUUAAGCGGUGCGGAUCCCAAUCAAAGAAAAGCUCUUGCAAAAAGAUUGUUAACGCCUUCAAAUUCAUCGUUGCCUUUAUGUCAGAGUAAAAAGGUCUACCGACAUCUGAAGGACGGAGAUAUUUUGCUGCUGAAUCGACAACCGACUCUUCACAAACCCAGUAUUAUGGCGCAUAAAGCGCGUGUUCUUCCUGGUGAGAAAACAAUUCGUCUUCAUUACGCUAAUUGCAAGGCGUACAAUGCUGAUUUUGAUGGAGACGAAAUGAAUGCUCAUUUUCCACAAAAUGAAUUGGCAAGAUCAGAAGCGUAUGGUAUUGCGAGUACGAACUUUCAGUAUCUUAUUCCAAAAGAUGGAAAACCAGUUAGUGGUUUGAUUCAGGAUCAUAUGGUAUCUGGAGUCUCUCUCACCAUGCGUGGUCGUUUUUUUGAUAAAUUGGAUUAUCAGCAAUUAGUAUAUUGCUCGUUAGCAUCAAUUACCAAUCGACGUUUUGAGCUUUUAAAACCAACAAUUAUAAAACCUGUGGAAUUAUGGACGGGAAAGCAAGUGAUAUCAACAAUACUCCUCAAUAUUGUUCCAAACAAGUCAAGCAGACUCAAUCUUACUGGAGAGUCUAAAAUUAGCUCAAAGAGCUUUGUCAAUGGAACUCCGAGUUUGAAAUCAAAAGGUCUCCAUUUAAAUUCAAUGUGUGAAUCCCAGGUGGUUAUCCGUAAUGGAGAAUUGUUGUGUGGUGUUCUUGACAAAGCUCAUUACGGUUCAACUCCCUUCAGUUUGGUUCAUUGCUGUUAUGAGCUCUAUGGUGGAGUGGUAUCCAGUCUUCUCUUGUCUGCGCUUGCUCGAGUGUUUACAGCCUUUCUUCAAAUGAGAGGUUUUACAUUAGGCGUUGAAGAUAUUCUUGUCAGGCCGAUAGCUGAUUGUGAACGUAUGAGGAUAAUAAAGGAUAAACGUGGAUGUGGACAUGAGGUGGCUACCGAGGCUCUUGGUCUUCCUACAGACACAGAAACGGAAAUGUUGGUAAAGAGAUUCCAAACUGCACAUCACAGUCGUGAUGAUAGCGAUAUGAAAGUUCUCGAUUUGAAAAUGAAAAGAAAAACGGACGAAGUUCAAGAUAAGAUAAACAAACAAUGUAUUCCUUUCGGCCUUUUGAAGAGGUUUCCCGACAACAAUCUACAGUUGAUGGUACAGUCCGGUGCUAAAGGUUCAGUUGUCAACUGCAUGCAAAUAUCCUGCUUACUUGGACAAAUUGAAUUGGAAGGUCGGCGACCGCCAUUAAUGAUCAGCGGACGCUCAUUGCCGUCAUUUCGUCCUUACGAUCCUAGUCCAAGAGCUGGUGGUUUCGUGGAUGGUCGUUUCUUAACUGGGAUCAGACCGCAAGAGUAUUUUUUUCAUUGUAUGGCUGGAAGAGAGGGUUUGGUGGAUACGGCAGUAAAAACAAGCCGAAGUGGCUACCUUCAGCGAUGUCUCAUCAAGCAUCUGGAAGGACUUCAAGUUGGCUACGACUUGACUGUUAGGGAUAGCGAUGGAUCUAUCGUUCAGUUUUGCUAUGGCGAAGAUGGAUUGGAUGUUUUGAAAACUGCUUUUCUCUCUAAAAAACAGUUUCCUUUUAUGGUCAGCAACUAUAAGGCUUUAAUUACACAAUUGAAACCGAGGUCUGCAAAUGAUCUCUUGGAUUCGGUUUCCGCGGAGAAGGCUCAGCGGAAGGUUUAUCGUUGGAUGAAGAAGCAUAAACGAUCUCCAAGUGAUAAAUCGCCACGAAUUUCACCUCUUAAUUGUUUCCUAGAAGAAUUUGAUGUGGGUUUUACAUCAAGCAUGAUCAAGAAAGAAGAUUUGUGGAUGGUAAAUAAAGACAUUAUUUCCGCCUGGCGCUCUGUUUCGCCUCAACACAGAAGAAAAUACAAGCCAUGUUUAUCAAUGCCACCCGACCCAGUCCUCUCGAAAAUGUCUCCAUCUUGCCACGUUGGAGCCGUGUCGGAGAAAUUUCAUUCAAGCGUUAGGAAUUACAUCAUGUCCAAUCCUGAUGGUUGUCUCACUGAUCAACCAGAGCUAUAUCCAAAAAAGUUGUCCGCUGAGAAAUUUCAACUUCUGAUGAAUUUGAAAGCUCUUCGCUCAUUGGUGGAGCCCGGAGAAGGUGUUGGUUUAUUGGCUGCACAAUCAAUUGGUGAGCCAUCGACGCAGAUGACAUUGAAUACAUUUCACUUUGCUGGCCGUGGUGAAAUGAAUGUAACACUGGGUAUACCUCGUUUGAGGGAAAUAUUAAUGACAGCGAGUGCAAACAUCAAGACACCGACGAUGGAGGUUCCUUUAAGAUCCGGAGAAGAUGCUCUCCAACUCGCAAAGAACUUAAAAAUGAAAUUUACAAAGGUCACGCUUUCACAGGUUUUAGAAAGCGUUGAAGUUUGGGAAACGCUAUCAUCAAGGGAAACUGGAACUAGAGGUCGUGUUUACCGCGUACGGUUCCAGUUCCUACCUCAAGAAGCUUAUGAGGGGGAUUUUUUUGUUACACCGGAGUCUAUUCUGGCGUACAUGGAAACAAAAUUCUUCAAAAGUUUAGCUUCAACUAUAACACGCGUCAUCAAUGCGGCAGAGAAAGAAAGUUUAUUGAGAACCGCCCGCGAUAAGGCAGACGGCGACGACGAGAAUGAAGCCACAGAAAACAGUACAGAUAACAACGAUGCGCCUAAAGCUGAGAGAAAAUAUGACGAUGAUGAUGACAAUGCUGAUUUGUCGGAAGAAGAAGCUGAUAUGGAUGGUGGUGCAGCUGGGGAGAAAUACCAGCAAAGAAGGGAACAGCAAGCAAGUUAUGAAGCCCCGGAUGAGGAAGAAGCACUGCUAAAUUCAUACUUAAAAGAGAACGAUGAAAGUGAGGACGAAGACAACGCAAGUCAAGUUCCAGGAUGGCUAAAGCAAGAAGGUGAUGUACCAAUGGAUGAAGUGGAAUCAUUUCCUCCAGCAAAAGCUCAUCCUAAAUACAAGAAAAGGAUUGCAAAGGUUAUGAUGAACAUUCCAAACGUUGUGUCGUAUUGUUUUGACAGACAAAGUCAAGAGUGGUGUGAAGUUAGCUUUCGGUUUCCUGUAUUAGGCAGUAAAGUCAUGUUGACAACACUUGUGGAGAAGUUGGCGGCACAGAGUGUAAUUUAUGAAAUUCCUGGAAUCAGCAGAUCGUUUUUGGCCGAAAGCAAAGAUAAAGUAAACGUUGAUAAACCUUCCAUGUUCAAAACCGAAGGAGUUAAUCUAAAGGUUCUUUGGAGCCAUCCCAAUGUUCUUCAAGUGAACAAGAUCUACACAAAUGACACUCAUCAAGUGGCCAAUACAUAUGGAAUCGAAGCAGCUGGCCGGGUCAUUGCUACGGAAGUUAAGAACGUCUUUGGAGCAUAUGGGAUACAGGUGGAUGCACGUCAUGUCACUUUGGUAGCUGACUACAUGACGUACGAAGGCUCGAUUAAGGCCUUCAACCGUAUUGGCCUUGAAUCGAACGCUUCGCCUUUUCAGAAGAUGAGUUUUGAAACAACAAUGCACUUUCUAAGAGGGGCUACUAUUUCUGGAGCGAACGACCAACUCUCUUCGCCAUCAUCGCGACUAGUUGUUGGACGAGUUGUCAACGGAGGAACUGGUUGUUUUGAUUUGAAGUUACCGUUAUGCUAACAUUACUGAUGAGAUUUGAUUAAUAAAUUACCCCUAUCCUGA